GGCCCUCACUGGGGAGGUGGCCGAGAGCGGGUCUGGCCUGGGGUGUUCAGAUGCUCACAGCAUGGAAAAGUCCAUCCUGCUGCUGGCCUGCUUGGCGUGUGUCCUCCCGACAGGCUCAUUUGUGAGAACUAAAAUAGAUACUACGGAGAACUUGCUCAACACAGAGGUGCACAGCUCGCCAGCGCAGCGCUGGUCCAUGCAGGUGCCAGCCGAGGUGAGCGCGGCGGCAGGCGACGCGGCAGUGCUGCCCUGCACCUUCACGCACCCGCACCGCCACUACGACGGGCCGCUGACGGCCAUCUGGCGCGCGGGCGAGCCCUAUGCGGGCCCGCAGGUGUUCCGCUGCGCUGCGGCGCGGGGCAGCGAGCUCUGCCAGACGGCGCUGAGCCUGCACGGCCGCUUCCGGCUGCUGGGCAACCCGCGCCGCAACGACCUCUCGCUGCGCGUCGAGCGCCUCGCCCUGGCCGACGACCGCCGCUACUUCUGCCGCGUCGAGUUCGCAGGCGACGUCCAUGACCGCUACGAGAGCCGCCACGGCGUCCGGCUGCACGUGACCGCCGCGCCGCGGAUCGUCAACAUCUCGGUGCUGCCCGGCCCGGCUCACGCCUUCCGCGCGCUCUGCACUGCCGAAGGGGAGCCGCCGCCCGCCCUCGCCUGGUCCGGACCAGCCCUGGGCAACGGCUCGGCCGCCGUGCGGAGCCCGGAUGAGGGUCAUGGCCACCUAGUGACCGCCGAACUGCCCGCACUGACCCAUGACGGCCGCUACACGUGUACGGCCGCCAACAGCCUGGGCCGCUCCGAGGCCAGCGUCUACCUGUUCCGCUUCCAUGGCGCCAGCGGGGCCCCGACGGUCGCCCUCCUGCUCGGCGCUCUCGGCCUCAAGGCGCUGCUGCUGCUCGGGGUCCUGGCCGCCCGCGCCGCCCGCCGCCGCCCAGAGCAUCUGGACACCCCGGACACCCCACCACGGUCCCAGGCCCAGGAGUCCAAUUAUGAAAAUUUGAGCCAGAUGAACCCCCGGAGCCCACCGGCCGCCAUGUGCUCACCGUGAGGAGUCCCUCAGCCACCAACAUCCAUUUCAGCACUGUAAAGAAUAAGGGCCAGUGCAAGGUUUGGCUGGUAUGGCCAGUCCUGGUUCUCGGCACCUUGGCAGCCUCCAGCCGGGUGACUCCUCCCCUGCUCGGGGUCAAGACCCUGCUCAAAGAGGCUCAUCUGGCCUCCUAUGUGGACAACCAUUUCAGAGCUCCCUGAUAUUUUGCCAGCAUUUUCUAAGUGUGCAUACGUCUGUGUGUGUGUGUGUGUGUACAUGCAUUAGCUUGAGCGUGAAACUUCCAGAAAUGCUCCCUUGCCCUUUCUUACCUAGAACACCUGCUAUAGUAAAGCAGACAGGAAACUGUUUACAGGGCCUGGAGGCCCAGUCUUGUCCUCCUCUGUCACUGACUUGCUGUGUGGACCUGGGACACUCUCUUCACUUCUCUGGGUCUCAAUUCAUUUACUGUUGAACACGGACAAUCAUAUUCUUCCCUCCUGGCUGGGAGGACUACCAAGAUCUGAGGAAAUAAUGGAUAUGAAGAGGCUUUGGAAAGUACAAAGCCAUCUACUCGUGAGGGGCAUGACAGGACCCUCUUUGCAGAGUGACCUUUGGAUAUGCAGUCAGUUCUUGGAGAAGUGUGGCCCCUGCAGCAGUGUCACGGAGAACACAGAGUUCCAGAGAGCAAGCCUGGGGCAGGGGCUGUGCGAACCUGUGGUCAGAGGAACAUCAAAUCCUGGAAACUUGGUGGCAGGGAGAGGCCUGGGGCCUUCACCCCAUGCCCCCUGGGAUCUCCACUGUGACUGUCCCACACCCUCUGCCCAACUCUUGCCCCAUCAGUUGCCCUAUAUUGCCUUGAGCUGGGACCCCUAGGAAAUGGAAACCAGGCUCCCCUCUCUCAAGGUAUCUGGGAACCACUGUCUCAGGGGCUGAAGCCGGGAGACCUGAGGGGAGGUCUGGCUGGAGAGUCCCUGUGUGUAAAACAGCUACAGCUCUGACCUCUCCGACCCGCAACCUUUCAGGGUGUGCAAAGUCCAAACGCACUGGCAACUUCACCCCCUUUGCCCUAACACGGGCAGGCUGACUUGGAGGGGUGCUUCCCUAUUUACACCUCAGGGUGAAUUUGUUGAUCACCUUAGCUCCUGUGGUCCUUGGGGCUUAGGGAGAGGAGGGAGGCAUGCCUGGGUCCCAGGUGAGCUAGCAAGAGGAAAGGGCCACAGGCUAGGGGAAUAACGAGGCCAUGAACAAGACAUCUCACCCCAGUUACAAUGGCUUUUAUCCAAAAGACAGGCAAUGACAAAUGCUGGUGAGAAUGUGGAGAAAGAGGAAUCCCCAUACACCAUUGGUGGGAAUGUAAAUUAGUACAGCCACUAUGGAGAACAGUACAGUUUCCUCAAAAAACUAAAAAUAGGCUGGGCCUGGUGGCUCAUGCCUAUAAUCCCAGCACUCUGGGAGGCCAAGGCAGGCGGAUCACUUGAGGUCAGGAGUUCGAGACCACCCUAGCCAACAUGGUAAAACUCCGUCUCUACUAAAAAUACAAAAAUUAGCCAGGCGUGCUGGCGCAUGCCUAUAGUCCCAGCUACUUGGGAGGCUGAGGCAGGAGAAUUGCUUGAACCCAGGAGGCGGAGGUUGCAGUGAGCUGAGAUCACACCACUGUCCUCCAGCCUGGGCAACAGAAAGACUGUCUCCAAAAAAAAAAAAAAAAAAAAAUAGAACUACCAUAUGAUCCAGUAAUCCCACUGCUGCAUAUCUGUCAGCAAGGAAAUCAGUAUAUUGAAAAGAUACCAGCACUCCCAUGUUUACUGCAGCACUAUUUGCAAUAGCCAAGAUAUGGAAUCAGCCUAAGUGUCCAUCAAUGAAUGAAUGAAGAAAAUGAACACACAAUGAAAUAUUAUUCAGCCAUAAAAAAAGAAUGAAAUCCUGUCGCUUGCAACAACAUGGAUGGAACUGGCAGCCAUUAUGUUAAAGGAAAUAAGUCAAGCACAGAAAGAUAAAUAUCGCAUGUUUGCACUCACAUGUGCAAGCUAAAAAAAAGUUGAAAUGGAACUCGUGGAGGUAAUAGAAUAAUGGUUACUAGGGGCUGGGAAGGAUAGCAGGGAACGGGGGAUAACGUGGAGAUACUUAAUGAGAACAAAAUACAGUUAGAAUGAAUAAGAUCUAGUAUUUGCUAGCACAAGAGGGUGACUAUAGUUAACAACUUAUUGUAUAUUUUAAAAUAACUAAGAGUGGAAUUGGAAUGUUUUUAACAAUAAGUACUUGAGGUGAUGGAUACGCCAAUCCCCGAUUUGAUCAUUGCACAUUGUAUGCCUGAAUCAAAACAUCACAUGUACCCUAUAAAUACAAAUAUAUAAAUACAUAUACCCAUCCUAAUUAAAAAUAUGUUUUUUAAAAAAGAGGCAGUGAUGCUUUUUCCAGGGAGAUGGUCUGAAGUUCAAGGGAUCUUCACAAGAUCGUCACAAGUUAUUAUGCAGGCCAGUGGGUUGCAAAGCUCCACUCCUCACCAGAGCCUUCACCAGGGCAAGAGGUGGCUUGUGAUUAACCUUGGGAUUCAUCCAGGAGCCUGUCUGAGCUGUUAAGAGGUCACAGGAGCGGGCUUGUGUACCUCCUUGUAUGGGGAUGCUUUGGGGCACCUCUAUGGAAAGUCCUGCAUGACCACGGAAGAAGUUAAGGACACAGGAGUGGUGUGUAUUGGAACAUCUGCCUGGUCUUUGAGGCCAGUUUCACAGCCAAGAAAAAUUGCAAUAGGAAUUAUUUCUUAGGUAUCUGCUUUGUGCUCUAUCACCUCAAUACCAUUACCACACUUGAGAUCAUUAACAUGAAUGCAAUAUCAUUUUACAGUCCAUAUUCAGAUUUCCACGACUGUCUUCAAAAUGUCCUUUUGAGUUUGUUGUUUCUAAGCAGGAAGCAGUUGACUCCAGGUGAUUUUUAAGCUAACAGUUGAGACUUCAGCUCUGGGUGUGCCUGGCGUUGGCAUGAUGGUGCAGAUGUGUAAGGGUGCCAGGUAAUCAGCUGGUGCUAGCUGAUACAUACCCUCCUGCGGUACUUGCAUUUUGAAGAGGACUUCUUGGGACAGGAAGAAGCGCCAUUCCUCAGAGGGACAUGCCUCUGUUGGCAUGGUUUCAGUUGCAGUGAUGGGCUGUGGGAAGCACGUUGAGGAGGGACGGCCAGCUGGCACCCCCUUUAACAACUGCACACAGUGCACAGGCAGCCCCCAGCUUGGCCUCCUGAUAAAGCCGCUGCUCCUAGGGUCAGAGGGGAUGGUGGUGAGGGGACAGCACUCGGCCCUCCCCAGACCCUCUGGGCUGCCCUUGGGGCCUGGCACUGUCCCUGUAAGAGGUCUGGGUGGAGCAGAGCUGCCUGUCUUCCCCCACCCGCCCUCUCAGAGUACUCAGGCUCUGUCGCUGGCAACAAAGGCCAGAGACACGAGCAGCAGGCUGAGUCAACAUGGUGUCCUGUGGCACGGAGUCAAGGAGAGAAAUGACCCAGAAGACUCGGUGUUUUCAAGACUGGACUUCCUGUUGUAGUGCAGGGCACAGUGUUCCAUGAACAUGCUCUUCCCAUGGGCUUCCAACAGGCAGGCUACGGCCUGCAGGCUUUGCUCUGUGGUCAGUGCCCACCAGACUUUGAAGACAGCAGUGAGAGGAAGUGGCCGGCAACUACCUGGGUGAUCUCCUGGGUCCACCAGGAGCCCAACACACUUUCCCUGCUGCCGACUGAAAUUUAAAACUAGAUGUAGCUAUGUGAGAAGAAACCGCCCAGGGGAUAAUCUACGGUGAAAGUAGGCCCUGCCUUGAGAUGGAAAUGACUUGGCUGGAGACACCAUGGGCUGAGUUUUCACUUGUGCCUCACUGGUCACACAGGACAAGAGAGCUAGGGUCAGGGUGGGUGAUUGGUCCCCCAACAGUCACAGAAGCCUCAGGCUGGAAGGCUCCUUAGACAACAGUCAAGCAUCCGGGUUUUGUCCCGGCUCCAGUGCUGGCCACUAAAGUCCAGUCCCACCCCCUCUUCAAUAACAGCCCCUCACGUUUCUGGGCCCCCUGUGAUCCUCAAAGCCCUGUAAGAUCCCAGUGGGGGCCAGGGGCGGUGGCUCAUACCUGUUAUCACUUUGGGAGGCUGAGGUGGGUGGAUUACCUGAGGUCAGGAGUUCAAGACCAGCCUGGCCAACAAGGUGAAACCCCGUCUCUACUAGAAAUACAAAAACUAGCCAGGCAUGGUGGCAGGUGCCUGUAAUCCCAGCUACUCGGGAGGCUGAGGCACAAAAAUUGCCUGAACCCAGGAGGCAGAGGUUGCAGUAAGCCGAGAUUGCGCCACUGCACUCCAGCCUAAGCAACAAGAGCAAAACUC